UUACAGAAAGGGCAUGCUUAGGUGAUCCACAUAUACUAUGAAGGGAUAGCCCAACUAGCUCGAGUCGCGGAACUCUCCCGCCGGGCCGACUAGCGAGUCGUUGUUAUCUCGCUUAUACAAUACAAACAGGUGCGGGAUUGCUAGUAUAUCCUAUUCAUAGGACUAAAAUUUACUUUGAACUGGAGCGCCUAGCGUCGUUCAGCGCGAACUGUACACGAGCGGACUGGACGUAAAACAUGACGAUACUUACUAGCCCAAUCACCAGCGGGCAGGCCACCUUCCUGGUCGCGUUCGUGUGGUCGCUGCUGGCAUGGAUUGCAUCUGAGGUCCUCAACUGGCUGCAGUCUUUCAUUCCAACUAAGCCCGGGGAUGAGGAGCGGGACGACUCGGAAACGGGGAAGCUCCUCCCCACCACUGCCGCAGUGGGCGGCGGCGGUGCCGCCGCUGCGGUGACUGCUACAGUCUCCACCACCGCUGCCGCGCACCACGGCGCCAACGGCGCCGCACCCGCAGACGCGAAUGCCGCGGCGGCUGAGAAGCCGUUGCCGCCAGCCGUGCCUGCCAAGCCAGCCGCCAGUGUCGGGUUCGGUGUGCAUGGCAACAUGCUGACCAGCAUUGCGCACUCGGGUUUCGUGGACUGCCUGCUCAUGAAGCGCAAGGCGCUGCUGAAGCACCGCCUCACGCUUCGCACCACGGUGGAGUUCGGCGCGCUGAUGUGCUGGUACUUCCUGUGCGACCGCACGACGGUGUUCGGCGAGGGCGAGAAGAGCUACAGCCGCGACCUGUUCGUGUUCCUGUUUGUGAUCCUCACGUCGGUGGCGGUGGGCAGCAGCCUGCAGGCGUUCAAGAUGCCGCUGCUGCUCAACCGGCCGCAGACGGAGGAGUGGAAGGGCUGGAUGCAGGUGCUGUUCCUGCUGUACCACUACUUCGAGGCGCGUGAGGCGUACAACGCCAUCCGCAUCUUCAUUGCCGGUUACGUGUGGAUGACGGGAUUCGGCAACUUUUCUUACUACUACAAAACCGGGGACUUCUGCAUUGGCCGAUUCGCGCAGAUGAUGUGGCGCCUCAACUUCAUGGUGUUCUUCACGUGCGUGGUGCUCAACAACAGCUACAUGCUCUACUACAUCUGCCCCAUGCACACCAUCUUCACCGUCUUCGUUUACGCGGCGCUCGCCAUCGCGCCGCAGUACAACCAGAACAACUUCUGGUGCCUCAUGAAGAUCGCGGCUUGCUUCCUGUUCAUCUUCGUGACGUGGGACCUCAAGACCGUGUUCUAUGCCAUCUGGACCCCCUUCACCUUCCUCAUGGGCUACAACGACCCGCGCAAGCCCACCAAUGACGCGCUGCACGAGUGGUACUUCCGCUCCUCGCUGGACCGCUACAUCUGGAUCUACGGCAUGCUGUGCGCCUUCAUGCACCCGCCGGUUGCCGCGCUGCUCAAGUACAUCGAUGAGAUGCCCAUCGUCCGCCGCGUCACGGUGCGCUCGUUCAUCAUCUCGCUGUGCGGCGUGGCCGGCUACUUCUACUACGUGCACAUCUACUGCCUGCCCAAGCUGGAGUACAACCAGGUGCACCCCUACACCAGCUGGAUCCCCAUCACGCUGUGGAUCAUCCUGCGCAACAUGACGCCCUGGCUGCGUAUCCACCACCUGCGCCUGUACGGCUGGCUGGGCUGCGUCACGCUGGAGACCUACAUCAGCCAGUUCCACAUCUGGAUGAAGACGGUCAUCCCCGACGGCCAGCCCAAGAGCCUGCUGGUGUUCAUCCCCGGCUACCCGCUGCUCAACUUCGCGCUGGUGUCGGCAUUGUACAUCCUGAUCAGCCACCGGCUGUUCGAGCUGACCAACACGCUGAAGAACGCGGUGGUGCCGCACUCCAACGACUCGCUGCUGGCGCGCAACUGCGUCAUGAUGGCAGUCAUCGGCCUGGCGCUGUGGGCCGUGGUGGCACUCAUCUACAACCUGGUAGUGAUUGUGGAGUAACUUGAUAACGCAGCCCCAAAGUUGGUUAUUUGACGUGUGUGGUUUGACAGCAAGUGACGUGCGAUGGUGUGAUCUGACCGACGUGCAGGAGAAGGCGAGGUAUAGGCGAGCGUUGACAAUUGCUGACACGUGUGUGUGUACGGUAUGUAGUGUAUGACGUGGGGUUUGGCGGCGGCAGGACUUCGUAGCUCGACGGACUGGGGGGGCGCGCAACCGGCACGGUGUCAGCGACGGCAAGACGUGUCGAAGGUUAUGCUGGAAUAGCUCUGGCGACUCGCUCUAGACAAUGACGGCUGAAUCUUACGUGUUUGACAGUCACUUAGUUAGUGCAGGAUUAGUGCACAAGAAGUGCACAGUGGCUAUGGGUUGGAGGCACGACCAGUGCAGGUGGAUAUUGCGGGCUAUCUGAGUUGCAUGCCCUGGGCUGCCGGUAUGACUACAGCGUGUGAGCCUGAUUGUAUGGCCAAGCGCGUGAAAGCGUCUUUAAACGGGUAUGUUGAACGCGGCCUGGGCUUGCGAAGGCCAGGAGACACCAAGCGAAAUGAGUCACAAUGCGUCGACUCAUGUUCACGCCUUAAACGCAAAGCGCUACCC